GUAUUCCAAUGUAUUGAAAUGCUAAAUUCUUUUAAUUUGAUAUUUUUCUAUGCAACAUAACUAAAAGCAGGUUUUCAAAACUCCUCUUAGCAGUUUUCUUUUUGGGGUAUUUUUCAACUAACACGGAGUAGAGAAUAACUGAAGAGCCUAAGGAAAUUACAAAUGGUUUUAAAAUCCUCUGCAAAUAAAACAAUCUGUGUAGUGUGGCAUCUGCAUUCACUUCCCAAAAUAGCUCAAGCUCAGUCACAUUGGAUUGACAGCGUCUGUGACCAACAAUCUUCCAGUUUUCUCGCUAGAUUGAAAUAUUUCCUUUGAGUAGGCCAUUUUAACAAUAUAAACAUGCUCUCGUUUUAGCCACCCCAUUGUAGCCCUGGCUGCAUGUUUAUUGUUGUUAUCCUGAUGGCUCGGUUUCCAUCUUUUGCAGCUUCUCUUCCUGGAAUGCCCUGGAUUGAUCUUCAUCCAUCAAUUAUAAUCUAUAGAAUAUCACAGCGGCAAAGGACUCCAUUAAUAUUUUGAUAGGUUAUAAUAUUUAAUCAUGCAUUCAAACUGUGAUGUCCAGUACUGUUUUUUUGGUAUGUUUGAUUCUAAGUGCUUUUGGAAGAGGUUGUGUUAAUUGGUCUUUUUAUGUUCAUUUUAUUUUUUAUUUUCUUCUCUUUUUUCAGGUUUUCAGUCUUUUCAGGUAAAUUUUGUGGCAGUAGUUGCCUUUAUUCGCGGCAUUUAGACAAGGGGACAGAGGUAGUAAAGGUCCCGGCGUCGGGAAUCGAACCCCGGACGCUGCGAGGACGUAAUGACGCUCAUUCUACUGCUUUGCCCACCAGUACAUUCAUAUAAUCUUUGUGGCUAGUUUUGUCCCAGUGUUGAGUUGUGAUGGGUGAAAAAAUCUUUUUUUUGUCGCCAUCUCCUGGACAAAAUGAAAAACGCACACUCAUCGUGUAGUUCCCUCGCCCACUAACGGCCCCGCCUCUUCCUGCUCGUUUUCGCGGCACUUCUCCGCGAGGGCGGAGUCACGCUGUCCAUUGGACAACUUCACGUUGACGCUGCGAGUAUGCAAACAGGACGUGUCGCGUCGGGCCAAUCGCGUGUCACGCUUCAUUCGCUCGCGGGACGCAGUGGCGCGAAAAGCUUUCGGUCGGUCGUGCGGUCAAGCAGCAGCGGGGAAGAGCAGCUCCGAGUUUAGCAGCUUUUUUAGAAGAAACUAACUAAUCGGACGGAAAUGGCAACCGACAGCACAGAUGACCGGGAGAUGAGGGAAGCUCAGAGGGACUACCUGGAUUUUCUGGACGACGAUCAAGACCAGGGCAUUUACCAAAGCAAAGUCCGGGAUAUGAUCAGCGAGAAUAAAGCCCGGCUCAUCGUGAACAUCAACGACCUGAGGAGGCGCAACGAGACCCGGGCUGCGAAACUGAUGAGCAACGCGUUCGAGGAGCUGCUGGCGUUCCAGCGGGCUCUGAAGGACCUGGUGGCCUCGGUGGACGGCACCUACGCCAAGCAGCACGAGGAGUUCUUCAUCGGCCUGAAGGGGAGCUUUGGCUCCAAGCACGUCUCCCCACGCACCCUGACCUCCCGCCUGCUGGGCAGCAUGGUGUGUGUGGAGGGCAUCAUCACAAAGUGUUCCCUGGUUCGUCCCAAAGUGGUGCGCAGCGUCCACUACUGUCCUGCCACCAAGAAGACGAUGGAGAGGAAGUACACAGACCUGACCUCGUUGGACGCCUUCCCCUCCAGCGCCAUUUACCCCACUAAGGACGAGGAGAACAACCCUCUGGAGACGGAAUUCGGCCUGUCCAUCUACAAGGACCACCAGACCAUCACGGUGCAGGAGAUGCCGGAGAAGGCGCCGGCAGGCCAGCUGCCUCGCUCCGUGGACAUCAUCCUGGACAACGAUCUGGUGGACGUGGUCAAACCGGGAGAUCGGGUGCAGGUGAUUGGAACGUACCGCUGCCUGCCGGGGAAGAAGGGAGGAUUCACCUCCGGCACGUUCAGGACCAUCAUGAUAGCGUGCCACGUGAAGCAGAUGAGCAAAGAGGUGUCUCAGUCGUUCUCUGCCGACGACGUGGCCAAGAUCAGGAACUUCAGCCGGAUCCGCUCUGUGAACGUGUUUGACCAGCUGGCCCGCUCGCUGGCGCCCAGCAUCCACGGCCACGACUACAUCAAGAAGGCCAUCCUCUGCAUGCUGCUGGGCGGUGUGGAGAAGGUUCUGGAGAACGGCACGCGUAUCCGAGGAGACAUCAACGUCCUGCUCAUCGGCGACCCAUCGGUGGCCAAAUCCCAGCUGCUGCGCUACGUCCUCCACACGGCGCCCAGAGCCAUCCCCACCACCGGCCGAGGCUCCUCCGGCGUGGGUCUGACCGCUGCCGUCACCACCGAUCAGGAGACCGGAGAGCGGCGCCUGGAGGCGGGUGCCAUGGUGCUGGCCGACCGCGGCGUGGUGUGCAUCGACGAGUUCGACAAGAUGUCUGACAUGGACCGCACGGCCAUCCAUGAAGUGAUGGAGCAGGGCCGGGUCACUAUCGCCAAGGCCGGCAUCCACGCCCGGCUCAACGCCCGCUGCUCCGUGCUGGCAGCAGCCAACCCGGUCUACGGCAGGUACGACCAGUACAAAACCCCCAUGGAGAACAUCGGCCUGCAGGACUCGCUGCUGUCGCGUUUCGACCUGCUCUUCAUUAUGCUGGACCAGAUGGACCCCGAGCAGGACCGCGAGAUCUCGGACCACGUGCUGAGGAUGCACCGUUACCGCGACCCCCGCGAGCAGGAGGGAGCAGCCAUGGCGCUGGGCGGGUCGGUGGACGUGCUGGCUACAGAUGACCCGGACGCCAUGACGGAGGAGCAUGAGGAGCUGCAGAUUUACGAGAAACACAACAACCUGCUGCACGGAAGCAAGAAGAAGAAGGAUAAAAUUUUGAGUAAGGAGUUCAUGAGGAAGUACAUCCAUGUCGCUAAGAUUAUCACCCCUGUGCUGACCGAGGAAGCAGCCAAUCACAUCGCAGAGGAGUACUCCCGGCUGAGGAGUCAGGAGCAGCUGGCGGCCGAUGUGGCCCGGACCUCUCCUGUGACGGCCCGUACUCUAGAGACCCUGAUCCGCCUCUCCACGGCGCACGCCAAGGCCCGCAUGAGCAAGGCGGUGGAGCUGGAGGACACGGAGGUUGCCGUGGAGCUGGUCCAGUUCGCCUACUUUAAGAAGGUUCUGGAGAAGGAGAAGAAGCGCACGAGGAAGGAGCGCGACUCUGACUCAGAGGAAGAUGACGACGAAGAGGCGCCUCCCAGUCAACGCUCGCAAAGAACUCGGAAGAGGGGGCGCCAAGGCUCUCAGAGUAGCGAGCCCUACAGCCCGUAUGACUUCAGUGAAGAACAAGAUGUCCCUCAGAUUCAAGCUGGCACCCCAAAACCAGCCAAACCCCAGCAACAGGCGGAGGAGGAACCCAUGGAGGCCACGUCACAAGCUGAAGGUGCCGAACUCUCAGCUGAGAGGCUGAAGGAGUUCAAGUCGUCUCUGUUCGGCGUUUUCCAGUCGGCUCACGCGCAGUCUGUGAAAAUGACGAAGCUCAUGGAAGAGGUCAACAAAGAGCGGGAGAGCCGCUUCACGGAGCCCGAGGUCCGUGCCGCCCUGGCCCGCAUGCAGGACGACAACCAGGUCAUGGUGGCCGACGACAUCAUCUUCCUCAUCUGAGGAAGGAUGAGUGUUCCCCAAAACCAAAUUAAAUAUGGAUAUAAACACACUGGGUUGUUUCUGUUCGUGUCCUGAGGAUUUUUUUAUUGUAUCUUUGUGGUGUACCCACCCCGUCACCAUUGGACAGGACAGCGCUGUGUUCUCAUUCAGUAUUCAGUGAAACAGACAUGAUGUGGAGUCCGGUUUUGUUAAAAAUCUGUAAAUAGUUUUUGUUUAAUAAAUGUAACUGAUAUAAAAAAUAAAAUUAAAUGUUUUGGUGUGCUAUAACUCAGUUCCUGUGUAGAACCAAGCUUUGUCUGUUAUUCCAGCCAGAAUAAGUUGAGUUUCUGCCUUGCGCUGUCAAUGACGGAAAUGUCCAGUGAUCCCCAACUUGAAAUCCAAAUUUUGAUCUCCAUUUUGACUUGAAAUCCUUUAAUAAAUUUGCACUACAUGGUGCUGUAACAUUUGCCCUAAUUUGUGUUUAUCUCAUGAAUCCCAAUAAAAUACAUUGACGUCUGUGGUUGAUAAAUGACAAAUGUAAAGAGGUUCCAUGGUUAUGAACGGUCUCACAAGGUUAUGGUGAGGGAAACUAGCACCAAAUGAGCAAAUUGUAUUAUUUAAUUUAAACUUUGUAUAUGUCCAAUGUCAGAUCAGAUGUUAAAUGAAAAUCUUGGAUUAAAAGAUUAGUAAAUCUGUUUUGUAUUAACUAAAUGAGUCAGUGUCGGCUGGUCCGUAGGGGGGGCUGCACUCCAAGAUGAGGAGGUCGGAAAAAAAAAAUCAAAGCAUGAAUGAUUAAAAUAACUCAUUCAACAGUGAA